AUGCGUCAUUUUUCACCCACAUCGGGUUUGUUUUAUGUAACAUUCUUUCCCCCUCUCUCACACUCCGGCCUUGUUUUCGUUUCCCCCACCCACACACACAACUUCCUUCCUUCUUCGUUUAAUGCGACGUAUUUUUCUAUAGAUCCCCUCUCGUUUUUAGGCGACGUAUUUUUUCUCGAUACGUCCUCGUUUUUACGCGACGUAUUUUUUCUCGAUACGUCCUCGUUUUUACGCGACGUAUUUUUUCUCGAUACGUCCUCGUUUUUACGCGACGUAUUUUUUCUCGAUACGUCCUCGUUUUUACGCGACGUAUUUUUUCUCGAUACGUCCUCGUUUUUACGCGACGUAUUUUUUCUCGAUACGUCCUCGUUUUUACGCGACGUAUUUUUUCUCGAUACGUCCUCGUUUUUACGCGACGUAUUUUUUCUCGAUACGUCCUCGUUUUUACGCGACGUAUUUUUUCUCGAUACGUCCUCGUUUUACGCGACGUAUUUUUUUCUCGAUACGUCCUCGUUUUACGCGACGUUUUUUUCUCGAUACGUCCUCGUUUUUACGCGACGUAUUUUUUUCUCGAUACGUCCUCGUUUUACGCGACGUAUUUUUUCUCGAUACGUCCUCGUUUUACGCGACGUAUUUUUUUUUCGAUACGUCCUCGUUUUACGCGACGUAUUUUUUUCUCGAUACGUCCUCGUUUUUUACGCGACGUAUUUUUUCUCGAUACGUCCUCGUUUUUACGCGACGUAUUUUUUCUCGAUACGUCCUCGCAAAGUAAAAAGGCCACGCAAUAGAAGACGCCGAAAAGGCAAGCGAGGAUGUACCAAGACUGACCGCGAAAUCUUUAAUUCAAACCUGAUCAGUGAAUUUGCAGCGGAAUACUACAGAGAAACCCCGAAGCCGACUGAAGGUACCACUUUAGCGACAGGAGAAUCGAAAACUUCGCUGAAUGCAGCUCAGAAACGAAUUGUAGAUUGGAAAUUUACUCAAUUAGACAAGGACAAAGAUCAUAUUCUCAAAUCCCGCGAGGUCCGGUCGCUGAAGCGGUUGGUCAAGAAGCUGGUCAAGCCACGCCGUUGCGCCAAAAGUUUUAUUGAGUAUUGUGACACUGAUCAAGACAAGAAAAUUAUAAGUAAAGAGUGGUCACUGUGCCUGGGAUUAAAUUUAAGUACUGGCCACAACCCAGGUCUUGACGGCAUCGGUAAGCUUCAAAACGUGUAUGCUUCUUAUUUUUAUAGAUCUAACCAUUCGCCUGUGCAUUUUAAUUAA